GCCUGGCGCAUUUCCUCUUUCCAGUCAAAUCUGUGAAUGCGGUGGUGGGCUUUGACCAUGUUCCAGACACGUCAAGAGUCUAGACUUACGCAUCUCUGCUAGCUAGUUAUCUACUAGUAUGGGUAUAUACAUCACAUCAACCGAGCGCUUGGCUCCCCAGUUGGGUGGUCCGUGAUGCAGGGUAGACAGAUGGGUUGGUCGUGCAUGUUGGUACCUACAGGCUGGUUCAUACGUGCGUCGCUGAUCUUGGAGGGUACGGUUUGCCGCCGUUGUCUGCUUGGCAUUAGCGCUUUGCUCUGGUUGGGUUGGCUGGGACUGCCCUUUCUGGGUCGCAGUGGAAAAGAGCUUCUUCUUUUAGAAUGAAAUUAAUUGAUGAAUAGCGACUCUAGUUCCCUGCCUGUGAGUGGUAGGACCCAGACUGGGAGACAAGGCUGGCUGAGAUAAGGCGCACGAUUUGGUGGUGGCGGGUCAGGACUGUCUGCUGAUAGGAAAUUCCGAAAAAACUUGAAUUUGGAUUGGCGAUGCCACGAUCGUACGGCGCUUCUUGCUGGAGGCUCAUUAGCACCCCAAAAGUGGAUGGCGUAAAUUCUCUCAGCCGCUCAUUCCUGGCGCUUAAAGCUCGCGUACGUCCGAGGCAUGUGGGUGGCGUGGGGAGCAGCUUUAGUCCAGGAGACAAAGAGGGGUCGAAUGGGUAUCCAGUACGGAGUAGUUGGAGUUGAACUGCGGCCGGCAAAAGUUGGUCAUUCGAUUGGGGGGAGGGGGUAGUUGGUAAGAGUCGAGAGGAAGAGGCUUCUUAAUCUAAAAAAAAAGGGAACUAGUGAAGCCCGUUCAGGGAGCCAGCAGAUCAUGCGAUCGUGGAAGUGUUUCUC